AUGACGCAGAAGGCGAAUCUGUUCAAGGGUAAAGCCAAGAAAAAAUCAAUUCCUCCGAAUCGUCAUGGGAAAGCCCCUGUUACUCGCAAAGGAAAGAGAUUCGUGAAGCCAUCCAAGGUCACAAAAGAAAUGGAUGCCGAUCGUGAGGUGAGCAAAUUCAUUAAUCACUGCAAUGAGAUCAAAGCAGCGACUCUAGCAACGAAGGAUGGUGGCCAACUAGGCAUCAUUAAGCCGCCACUAGAGCAACCAAAUGGUGCUAAAUAA